UGUUUGUUUACUUUCCGGGCGACGAGGCGGACGGGAGGCACUUCAACAAUAUCAAUUUUAACCAUUUUUGAGGGAGUUACGGCUGAUUUCCCCCGCAAAUAUGCCUUCCUCGACAUCUUUCGACCCUGAGAUGCUGCCGGAUCUGCUGCCAGUCUAUUACCAGAGGCUUUUCCCUUACAACCAGUACUACCAAUGGCUCAGUUAUGGAAAUGUCCCCAAGACCUACUUCCCGCACCGAGAGUUCUGCUUCACCCUGGCCGAUGACAUCUACGUGCGAUACCAGUCCUUCAAAGACCAGAAGGAGAUGGAGAAGGAGAUCAAGAAACACUGCCCGCACAAGAUCGACAUUGGUGCCGUCUACUCCUUUCGACCCAAAGAACACCGCACAGUAUCAGUGUUUACACCACUUGAAAAGGAGCUUGUAUUUGAUAUUGAUAUGACAGAUUACGAUGAGGUGAGAACAUGCUGCUCAGGUGCUGAUAUCUGUCACAAAUGUUGGAGGUUUAUGACUGUUGCUGUCAAGAUUUUGGAUGCUGCUCUCAGAGAGGAUUUUGGAUAUCAGCAUCUCCUGUGGGUCUAUUCCGGCCGUCGUGGCGUUCAUUGCUGGGUCUCUGAUGCCAGUGCAAGGGCCUUGUCGCAGCCGCAGCGCUCGGCCGUAGCUGAGUACCUGCAGCUUAUUCGGGGCGGUGAUAGUCAGAGCAAGAAAGUCAACAUCACACAGAAAGUUCAUCCAUCUAUCAAACGUGCUGAAGGAAUAGCCAAAAAAUACUUUGAAGAGCUGAUUCUUGAGGACCAGGACCUCUUAGGCACACCUGACCAAUGGGGCAAGGUCCUUAAUCUGAUUCCCGAACAGUCGCUGCGAGAGUCUCUGGAGAAAGUGAUGUCGCAGUGUAGUAAUUCACACCAGCGCUGGAACACCAUACAGUCGGAGAUCAGCAAGGCCAUUAAUAAGAACGACUUCAAGAAAGGCGUUAAGCCAAACUUAGUGACGGAGAUCAUUCUUCAGCUGGUGUAUCCACGUCUAGAUAUCCACGUGACAAAAGGGCUCAACCAUUUGCUGAAGUCCCCCUUCUGCAUCCACCCCAAAACAGGGCGGGUUUGCGUGUGCUUUGACCCCCGAAAGGCUGAUGCUUUUGACCCCAUGGCCGUCCCGAAUUUGAGUCAGCUCGUGGAAGAAAUCAACCAGUUUGACGUGGGAAAGACAGACGAGGAGCGUGCGGUGGCAGAGUACAAGAAAACCUCAAUGAAGGAAGCGGUCGUCGUGUUUGAGUCCUUCCUGGCUGGAUUGUCAAAAGAGAAUGCUUCCCGAAGACAGGAAAGCAGCGAUAUGAAGAAAGAUUUUUAGUGUGCAGUGUUUUUUUUAGAAGAUUUAUAAGAAGGAUGUGAUAUAAAUUACAA